AUGGCCGAAAUUGCAACCGCGAUCCGUCAGGGACUUGGUCCCACUGCAAACGAAGUGGACCCCAUUAUCAUAGACUAUGUCGUUAACGUCUUAAAGGAUGAGACGUUUGACUUCGGUCUGCGCGGCGACCUCGCAUACGACGCCGUCGGUCCGCUCCUUCUCAACGUCGGCUGCUUCCCGGACGCUCCCUCCGCGCGCGCCUUCUUCCAAACCCUAGCCGCCAGGUUCGGCGACGCGCAUGCCGCAGCCUCGACGGAGAACGUGCGGAGCCUGCAGGCGCCGCUGCGCAUGGGGGAGGGCAUGGCGGAGCAGGCGCUGCUGGGGGAGGGGAAGACGGGGGUGAUUCAGGCGGUGGCGGCGGAGGGGGAGGAGGAGUCCAUGUAUUUCGUGACGGAGCGCGAUCUUCGCAAGCUCGAGCGCAACAAGCGCAAGGAGGAGCGCCAGCGCAUGGACGCGUACGAGGCGCACGUGAAGGAGAGCGAGUCGAUACUUGCGGCAAUGCCGCUGGUGACGGUGUCGCAUGGGGGCGAUGGCAUGGAGGGCGGAGCGAGGGACAUCCAUCUCAGCAACUUCACUGUCACCGUCGCGGGCAAAGAUCUUAUCAGCGACGCCUCUAUCACUCUGGCUUUCGGCAGGCGAUAUGGGCUGAUCGGGCGCAACGGGACAGGCAAAACCACGCUCCUAAAGCACAUGGCGAUGCAUGCCAUAGACGGCAUCCCGCGCUCGUGCCAGGUGCUGCACGUGGAGCAGGAGGUGGUGGGGGACGAUACCUCCGUCCUACAAUGCGUGCUCAGUGCCGACCUCGAACGCACAGCGCUUCUAGAGGAAGAGAAGCAGCUUCUAGCGAGGAAAACCGGUGGGGAGGAUGGGGAGGCGGGUGGGGAGGGGGAGGGGAAGAAGCGGGAUGGGGGAGGGGCGGAGGCGGGUGCAGGGGAGGAUGAGGCGGCGGCGAAGCGGUUGGCGGAGGUUUAUAAGCGGUUGGAGGAGAUUGAUGCGUAUUCUGCAGAGUCCCGGGCUGCUUCCAUCCUUGCUGGCUUGAGUUUCAGCAAGGACAUGCAGAACCGAGCCACACGGACCUUCUCAGGAGGGUGGCGCAUGCGAGUGUCCCUCGCCCGUGCCCUCUUCAUCCAACCCGACUUGCUGCUGCUGGAUGAACCCACGAAUCAUCUGGACCUGCACGCAGUGCUAUGGUUGGAGGAUCACCUACUCUCGUGGCCCAAGACGCUGGUGGUGGUGUCCCAUGCGCGCGAGUUCCUCAACACUGUUGUCACGGACAUCGUUCACCUGCACAACCAGAAACUCACCACCUACAAGGGCAACUACGACACGUUUGAGAAGACACGCGACGAGCGCAUCCGCAACCAGAACAAGGCGGCCGAGGCCAACGAUGCCAAGCGCGCUCACAUCCAGGCCUUCAUUGACAAGUUCCGCUACAAUGCCAAGCGCGCCUCCCUCGUGCAGUCGCGAAUCAAGGCGCUGGAGAGAAUCGGCACUGUGGAUUCUGUGGUGGCAGAUCCCGAGUACCGCUUUGAGUUCCCCACGCCAGAGGACCGGCCACAGGCGCCCAUCAUCAGCUUCACCGAUGUGUCCUUUGGCUACCCUGGCGGGCCUCUGCUCUUCAAGAACCUCAACUUUGGCAUUGACCUUGACAGCCGACUUGCCAUCGUGGGCCCCAACGGCAUAGGCAAGACCACGCUGCUCAAGCUCAUAUCGGGCGAGCUCAAGCCCACCUCCGGCACUGCAUUCCGCUCCCCCAAGGUGCGCAUGGCGGUGUUCGCCCAGCACCACGUCGAUGGCCUAGAGCUCUCCAAGUCGCCGCUGCUCUACAUGGCGCACUCCUUCCCGGGAGUACCGGAGCAGAAGCUGAGGGCGCAUCUGGGCUCCUUUGGGCUGGGAGGCAAUCUAGCACUGCAGCCCAUGUACACGCUGUCAGGAGGGCAGAAGAGCAGAGUGUCCUUCGCUAAGAUCACAUUCCACAAGCCGCACAUUCUGCUGCUCGACGAGCCCUCCAACCAUCUGGACAUAGAUGCAGUGGAGGCGUUGAUCCAGGGCCUGGCUCUCUUCCAAGGCGGUGUUCUCAUGGUGAGUCACGACGAGCAUCUGAUCAGUGGCAGUGUGGACCAGCUAUGGGCGGUGGACAAGGGAGUGGCUAAGCCCUUCAACGGCACCUUCAAGGACUCGUAUGGAGCCGUAUCAACCGGGACGACCAUUAUGGGAGUGGCGUACGAUGGGGGUGUCGUGCUUGGCGCUGAUACUCGGGUUACCACAGGCACUUACAUCAGCAACAGAGCGUCUGAGAAGAUCACUGCCCUCACAGACUUCGCUUAUCUCUGCCGAUCGGGAUCUGCUGCGGACACACAGACAGUCUCCACCUAUGCACGCUACUACCUCUCGCAACACCAGAUGGAGUUGGGCAAGCCCACGGAUGUGAAGACGGUGGCGAAUGUCGUCAAGCAGAUCAGCUACCACAACAAGAACAUGCUAUCAGCGGGCAUGAUAGUGGGCGGGUGGGACCAGUACGACGGGGCGUCAGUGUACGCACUGCCGCAGGGAGGCACGCUGCUCAAGGCGCCCUUCGCCAUUGGGGGCUCUGGCUCCUCGUACCUCUUUGCGUUCUGCGAUGCCACCUUCAAGGAGGGCAUGAGCCAGGAGGAGGCGGAGGCCUAUGUAGUCAAGGCAGUGUCACUAGCCAUGGCUCGCGACGGGGCGAGUGGGGGAUGCGUGCGCACCGUCACGAUUGACAAGGAGGGAGCGACCAAGAAGUUUCACCCAGGGGACAAGCUGCAGCUCUUUUGGGAUGAGAUGCCCGCACAGGAGUCCUUCCUCAAGCCGCUCGUUCCCGCAUCUUCGUAG